AUGAGCACCCAGUCUAGUGGGGUUGAUCGUCUCACGGAACUCCUUGACAAAUUGAAUAGUUUCGGUCAACGUCCUACGCCUGAGCAAAAGUAUAACAGAUUUGUCGCUGAGAGGAGAGAACUACGUGAUCGGGAAAUCGCCCUACAAGAGGAAGUACGAGUUCGAAAUCUCGCUCGGCUAGCGACACGAGAGCUCAUUGAGGAACAGGCGCGUCGUCGACUCGAACUCAUUGGAAUACGACCACCUGCGCCAAAACCGAAAGUUAAAGACGAAUUCCCACGGUUGUCCGAUGAAGCAGUAGCACUUUGCGACCGUGUUUGGAACAGACGGCUUCCACAAACGGAAGAGUUCAGUGAAGGAUUCGGGAUCAAGCUCACCCGAAAAGACCUCUCUACUCUUUGCGGAUUGGACUGGCUGAACGAUGAAGUAAUAAAUUUCUAUCUACAGUUGGUCUGCCAACGGAGUAACGAAACAAAAGGACUCCCUAAGGCAUACGCAUUCAAUACGUUCUUCUAUGUGAAUAUUUCUACGAAAGGUUACGCAUCUGUGAAAAGAUGGACGCGCAAGGUGGACAUUUUCGCGCAUGAUCUGCUACUUGUCCCUAUACAUCUAAAUGUUCACUGGUGUAUGGCGGUUAUUGAUCUGGCUGAGAAGCGCAUUGACUACUAUGACUCGUUAUGCGGAAGAAAUCCAAAGUGUUUGGAAUAUCUGAAGCGAUAUCUGGUGGAAGAGAGCAAUGACAAGAAAAAGCAGAACUUCAGUUUUGAUGGAUGGGAUUUCAAUAUGCGUUCGGUGAGUGUUUAUUAA